AUGCUAUACAAUUCUUGCGGAGAAAGACAAUUUAAUGUUCAAAAAUUUUUCGUUUCGGCCGAUAAACGCUUUGUGUUAUUAGUUCACGACAUCAGAAAAACAACAUAUUAUUCAUUCAAAGCCAAGUAUAAGAUAUAUAACAUAACAAAUGAACACAUCAUAAGCCUAACGACUUUGGGAGGCAAUCAAGACCUGGAUUUUGCAGAAUUUGGUCGAAACGGCAAUCAAAUAGUAUAUAUCUAUCAAAACAAUAUUUAUUACAAAAACUCUGUCAGCGAUAACGCAAUCGCUGUGAUAAAGAGUGGUCAACCGGGGAUUGUCUAUAACGGAGUCCCCGAUUGGCUGUACGGCGAACGCAUAUGGAAGACAAAUCGGGCCCUUUGGUGGAACCCCUUCGGCACAAGACUUUGUUUCGCCACAUUUGAUGACAGUCUUGUGGACACCGUUUCCUAUAUUAAGUACGGCUCGUAUGAAAGCACCAGUAAUAUAAUGCCAGAGAUUAUGAGUAUUAAGUACCCAAAGCCGGGGACAACCAAUCCGUCGGUAACCCUAUGGGUCGUUGACUUAACCACACCAUCGACUCCCAGAAGAUUAGAACAGAAGGAUAUGAAAGGUGAACAUUAUCUGACAUCUGUCUCGUGGAUCGACAGCCAGUCCUUGACUACUGUAUGGAUGAGAAGACAACACAACUGUUCGUUAAUAAGCAUUUGUUCAGAAAAGUCGGAUUGGAUUUGUAAAAAAAAUUUCGAGGACUGUAUUGGAGAGAAACGGAUGGCUUGGAGUGAGCUCUUCGAUCCUCCAGUGAUUACAUCCGAUAAAAAGCAUUAUUUAAUUCGUUUGCCAUCCAAUGGAGACAACACUAAUAAAUUGAGACAAAUAUCUGGGAUAUCAAUAGGGUCUGAAAUUCAAAAGUUUAUUACAAAAGAGGAUAACGAUGUGACACAAGUGCUAGCAUUUAGUGGAGUAAACGACACUGUCUUCUAUGAGGCAACUCUAGCUAUAUCUCCGCCACAAAAACAUAUAUUCAGAAAAUCUAAAAUAUUUACGGCUGAAGCCGGAGAUGCCAUAUGUCUCACAUGCAAUCAAAUUGACCGCAACUGCACGUAUCAAACGGCUAUUUUUAGCCCCAAUGCACACCAUUUCAUGUUAAUAUGUUUGGGAAUGGUAUUAAAAUUGGGUUCUGAGGAAAAGCUCCAGAAUUUGCUACAAUUUCGCGCUUUUCCACAGUUUAGGACAUUUCAAGUGCCGAUCAGAGACUAUCUGGCGAACGUUAAGCUUAUACUUCCUCCCGGACUCCGAGAGAAUGAAGAAAUCAAAUUUCCAUUAGUGGUCCAAAUUAAAAUCGGUGCUUCAAAUUCAAGCACUAAAACAAACUUGAUUCACUAUUAG